AUGAGCUACAGAAACUCCCUGGAGGAUACUUGUAGAGUGUUUAUUUCGCGUCCGCGACGCUAUAACCAACCAGCACUCACCCAACAUGCAUUCCAGCAUUCCCCGUCGCCUGGUUUCACGCCCGUAGAUCUUGGAACCCCAGCAUCCUUUUCUUCGUCAGAGUCACUACAAAGUGCCUCGGAUUCCACUUCGUCACUGAACGCGCUUCCCGACGUCAUUCAAUUGCCUAUACCAGGAGUCGCAGACCUCAUUCCAAAGACGAGUCGGACGUCGCAUGCCAAGCGACAACCUGCUGGACACAUUCCUCGUCCCCGCAAUGCGUUCAUUCUCUUCCGCUGCGACUUUGUCCAGCAAAAGAAAAUUCCUGGUCAUGUAGAAAGUGACCACCGAAACCUAUCACGUAUCGCAGGCAAAAUCUGGAGGGGCAUGAAGAAGGAGCAACAAAAACCGUGGAUUGACCUUGCCUUGAAAGAGAAAGAGCGCCACGCUGCGAUGUACCCUGGGUAUAAAUACAUGCCUGCCCAGCAAACUUCAAAGCAAAGGAAGGUCAAGAGUGACCGCAUCGCUAAAGAAGAGAGAGAGCUGGAAAUCCGCAGAGCGGAACUAUCGUCCGUCUUGGUGCAGCGCGGACUUGAUAUGAGGGACAGCUCAAAGCAAGCCGUGCAGGCUGCCGCUCGUUUUACUCCCUACCCCGCUCCCUCGCGCCCACGUCGCUCGUCCUCGUGCCCCCCUGUUGGCGCAGCACCAGUGAACCCGUCUACAGAUCUUGACUCUUGGGCUCCGUUCUUGGUUACUCAUGACGAUUUAGCUCGUCGCCCGAGUCGCACCACCAUGUACCAUUCUGUCACCUCGGAGCCAAUUGCUUCACCUCUCAUUCCAGCGUGCGACCUUCCGAACUCGCAGCCUGAUGGAGAUGCAUGGUUCGGUGCUCCAAUGCCAUAUGCAUGGCCUCUUCCAGACCGAGAGGAUGACCCUUUGUUCGAGACACAGGCUUCUGAUGCUACGUCACAAUUUAACUCUCCCUUUGGGCAACAGAACGCCGAACUUUACCCUCAGCAUUCCGAGUUCAUAUAUUCCCCAUUCGAUAACCUUCCCCAGAUGUCCCCCGUGAGCAUGGACAAUGGAGGGGCGCUCGGGCUGGACUUCACGAAUCCCUUCGGUCUUGACAGUUUCCCAUUCAAUGCGGAUAGCUUCCUGCUAUCAUCUUCUGAGAUGUCUUCAGUACCCUCUUCUCUGGAAUGUGCCAUGUCAAGCCACCCGAGUGCUAUGGGGGGCACGAAAUAG